GCCUAGAGAGGCUCCGAGGGGGAGGCAAGAGGCCGGAAGUGGCUUUAGCCGACGAGGCAACGGAUGCGGAAGUGAGUUGGUGCCGGAGCUGGGACAUGGAGUCCGGGCAGCAGCCGCUGUGGCGCGGCCUGGGGCUGCUGGGGAGAGCCGGGGACAGCCCCGGGCUCGGCCCUGGGGGCUGCGAGAGGCGCCUGCUGUGGGUCGCGUCCUUGCUGUGUGUCCUGCUGGAUCUACAGUUGCCAGGUUUGCUGGCCGCUGGGCAAGCGGAGAUCGAAAACCACCUGGAAAUGGGCCGGAAGUUGUUGGCAGCUGGGCAACUGGCUGAAGCGCUGUCUCACUACCACACUGCAGUCGAAAUUGAUCCCAAAAACUACCUUACCUACUACAAACGUGCAACCAUCUACUUGGCUAUGGGCAAGUUCAAAGCAGCGCUGCCAGACCUCUCCAAGGCCAUUGAGCUCAAGCCGGAUUUCCUAGCUGCCCGACUGCAGCGAGGCAACAUCCUCUUGAAACAAGGCAGCACACAGGAGGCUAAGCAGGACUUUGAAGCUGUGCUUCAAAGUAGUCCAGAUAACACAGAAGCCCAGAGUCAGCUCGCACGGGUCACUGAGCUAGAAUUCUCCAUGCAAGAAGCCCGGACUGCCUUUCAGAGGAGGAAUUAUCUGGGAACCAUCAGUAUUCUGGAUCGAGCAAUUGAGAUUUCCCCCUGGGACCCAGAAGCCAAGGAGCUGCGCUCCGAGUGCCACCUCUUCCUUGGUGACUACAGCAAGGCCAUCCUGGACCUGAAACCCACCACCAAGCUCCGUAACGAUAACAGGGCCGCUUUCCUGAAACUCAGCAAGCUCUAUUACAACGUGGGAGAACACGAGGAGUCCUUAAACCAAGUACGUGAAUGCCUGAAGCUGGAUCAGGAUGACAAGGACUGCUUCUCCCACUACAAGCAAGUGAAGAAGCUGGCCAAGCAGCUGGAAUCGGCCGAGGAGCACAUCCGAGCUCAGAGGUAUGAAGAAGCUAUUGAGAAGUACAAAGCAGCCAUGAAGACGGAACCCAAAGUGGAGAUCUAUACCACGAAGGCAAGAGGACGCAUCUGCCACUGUCUGUCCAAGAGCAAACAACCUCAUGAAGCCAUCGACAUCUGCACGGAAGCCCACCAGCUUGAUCCCAGGAACAUCUUCAUCCUGCGUGACAGAGCUGAAGCCUACAUCCUGAACGAGGAGUUUGAGAAAGCUAUUGAAGACUAUCAAGAAGCCAAAGAGUUUGAUAGCGAAAAUGAAGAAAUAAAAGAAGGGUUGGAGAGGGCACAGAAGCUGCUGAAGCAGUCCAAGAAGCGAGAUUAUUAUAAAAUCUUGGGCAUCCAGAGGAAUGCCAACAAGCAGGAAAUCAUCAAAGCCUACCGGAAGCUGGCUCAGCAAUGGCACCCAGACAACUUCCAGUCGGAAGAUGAGAAAAAGGAGGCAGAGAAGAAGUUCAUUGACAUUGCAGCUGCUAAGGAGGUCCUGACAGAUCCAGAAAUGCGGCAGAAGUUUGACUCCGGCGAAGACCCCCUGGACCCGGAGAACCAGCAGGGAGGAGGUGGGCACCAGCACCACUGGCCAUUUGAAUUCAACCCGUUUGGUUCUGGGAACUUCCACUUCAAAUUUCACUUCAAUUAACUUGGGCCAAGCCCCGACGAGGGAAGCAGAACUGGCAAAGCGAAUGGACGCACAGCCUUCCCGGGCUUGGUCGGACUGAUACGUCGGCUGUGGGAGCACUAGUCCCCCACUGGAAACGACCGCUGCGCAGGAGGGGUGGGCGAAGAGGCUUCCUGCCUGGACUGCAACAUCCCUUGUUAGACCCCCAGGUGCUUCUUGGCCUGAAGACGGAGGGCUGCCUUGCGCCUAGCCAGAAUUCCCAAGUAAUGGUGGGGUCUGAGGGGUGGGAUGCACACGGAGCCUCCUGCACAGCUCUCUGGAAUCCUCCCUUUCAAAGCAACCCCACCACAAAGACAAACUGGAGAGAAUGGACCUUGCACAACAGAACACAUUAGGGGGUCGGUUUUGCCCUUCAUCUUUUUGGAGAGUCUUUGUAGGAGCAGAGCGAGCCGGGGGGCGAGGAAACGACUGUCCCCUCUCCCUCCCCCGGCCACCCCUACAAAACCCUACCCCUCCGUAUUAGUGGCAGCUGAGCUCUGUCCGCUCACUUCUACCCCUCUCGAAGGGAAGACACACACUCCCGCCCACAUGCAAAGUGUGCCAGUUGUCUUAUUUUGUUGUUGGCGUCCGUUUGAGUCCGCAUGGCCAAGAGAUGCUUGGCAGGAAAUAUUGUGUUUGGGGUAACGCAACAUGGUGUGGGGUGAUCUCUGUCACUGAAGAUGACGAAGGCCCAGCUGUCCGGAAAUAACCUUUCUCCAUUACAACAUCCCUGAUUUUUUGUUUUUUAUUGGUAUGACUAUUAAUCUUAAAAAGGCAAAAGAAGUAUCCUUUAUCAGGCCGCAUUCUGCAGGGGGAGGGGAGUAGUUUGAAGACUGCAGCCUUGCUUUCAGGGUGGUGAGUCACUCUAUGGCAAAAUACUUAAAGUGGUGGGAUGAACUCUUGUAUUGCAUAUGGGCUACUCUUCCCUCUAACUUGUAGGGAUGGAUAGUAUAAUAUCUACUAUCAAUCCAGUCUUCCUCCUCCUUCUUUCCUCCUCCUUCUUCUCCUUCUUCUUCUUUCCUCCUCCUCCUUCUUCCCUCCUCCUUCUUCUUCUUCCUCUUCAGCCUGUUUCCCUUACCACCACCUUGUGAAAUCCCCUGCUCUCCUUGUCACAGUGGUGACUCUCCCAGUGUGGGAUUUGCAAGGCCGAUACUCGGCGGUGUGGUGCCUCUGCCCCCUGUCUGUCCACUCCACCCUUCAAAUGGUAGGUCAAUUUAAUGUUUCCUUUUUUCUCCUCGUCCGCCCUCCCUCGCCAGCGCAGUCAUUGCACAAAACCUGGUCUGCUCCCAGUUGUCCCAUAGCGGCCAAGAAGAAAUGUUAAGGAGGGACAUUACCUCCAUCUUUACCAAAAGUGUCAAAGAUUAAAAGUUUGUAUGGCAAAAAGGC